AUGGGGAAAGAAAAUCUUAUAUUCAAGCUGGACAGCUUGGAGUAUCAGUUGCAUUAUAUCAAUCAGGAAACUGAUAAAUUCCAACCAAGAUUCAAACAAACUCUACAGUUCUUUAAUUCCAAGAGUAAGAAGGUUAAUAAGAAGGUAAACAAACUUGUUGAAAAUUCAGACAGGGAUGCUAUACUGGAGGAAAUAAAAUCUAUAAGAUUGAGAAUUCUUGAUCAAAAAAUCCAUCAUGUCUUGCAAAGAUUACAUACUCAUUGGAUCAAAAAUGCUAUAAUAACGAAGGAUCCAGAAGUUUCUAAGAUUGGCAUUGAAACAUUCAUAAAAUAUGUGUCGUAUUCGAAGCUCAUAAAGCUAACAGUAUCAUUGCUAGGUGGUAUUAAGGGAUGUCCUGACUGGUUUCAUGAACAUGAGUUUUAUAGGAUCGCAAACGAUAAGACCAAUGAACUAAACCCUAGUCUCAUAUACAAUGAUGUGUUUGUUAAGAGGAAACUAAAUCCACUCGUCUCAAAACUUAUGAACAAUAAAAUCGUGAAAGAACAGUUGUUAACAUAUGAGAAUGCCCUUCAUGUGCUCCUCAACGAGAAGGAUAAGGUGAAGAAAACGGAAGAUCCCGCAUCAAACAACAAACAAAAAUCUACCAAUGACAAUAGCAGCUCAAAAGAGACCAAACAAUCCAAAUCAGGGAAAGAAGAGUCGGCUUCCGAAUCUGAAGCAGAAUCUGAAUCCGAAUCUGAGCCAGAGGAAGAUCUUACCGAUGGUAGAGAAGCCCCAGAGCUAGAUUCAGAGACUGAAGAGCUUCUAGCUAAGGAAUAUGAUGGAUUAUUAGUUGGUUCAGAUGAAGAAAGUGAUGAUGAAGUGCAUUUAGAUCCAAAUGUGGACUACAACCAAGUUACUGAUGAAGAACCAGAUUACGAAGAUUCAAACUCUGAAGAGGAAGAGGAUUCAGACUCGGAGCCAUCUGGACCAAAAGCUAAAAAACCAAAGUACGAACUUCCUGAGCUAAUGCAUGGGUAUAUUAGUGGCGAGGAAGAUGAAGAUAUAGACGAUAAAGUUGCUAAACGACAAAGCUCGAAUGUCCCUGCGAAGAAAAACCGUAGAGGUCAAAGAGCAAGACAAAAAAUUUGGGAAAAGAAAUACGGUUCGCAAGCAAAGCACGUACAAAGACAAUUAGAGAAGGAACGCCAAGAACGUGAAAAGAGACAGAGAGAAUAUGAAGAAAGACAAGCAAAACGUGAAGCGAAGGCUGCUCAAAACCCACAAUACCAAAGAAUUAUUACCCCACAACAUUCUUCAGGCUCUGUCGACAAUCAAAAGAAAAAUAAUAUUGUCGAAAAACCUAUACAUCCUUCUUGGGAAGCCAAAAAGAUUGCCGAAGAGAAACAAAAGAAUGUUAAAUUCCAGGGUAAGAAAAUCACUUUCGAUUAG